CAAGGUUCCGCUGACAUCCGGAUCUGUUCCAUCAUAUCCACGACUCUGAGGGUCGACCAGUCCAUCCUCACCGGUGAGUCCGUGUCCGUCAUCAAACACACGGACCCCGUGCCGGACCCCCGAGCCGUCAACCAGGACAAGAAGAACAUGAUGUUCUCCGGCACCAACAUCGCGGCUGGGAAGGCGGUCGGCGUCGCUGUGGCUACGGGCGUGAACACGGAGAUCGGGAAGAUCCGUGACGAGAUGGCGGCGACGGAGCAGGAGAAGACGCCGCUGCAACAGAAACUGGACGAGUUCGGGGAGCAGCUCUCCAAAGUCAUCUCUCUGAUCUGCAUCGCCGUGUGGAUGAUCAACAUCGGACACUUCAACGACCCGGUGCACGGCGGCUCCUGGAUCCGAGGCGCCGUUUAUUACUUCAAGAUCGCCGUGGCGUUGGCCGUGGCCGCCAUUCCCGAAGGUUUGCCCGCCGUCAUCACCACCUGCCUGGCGUUAGGGACGCGCCGCAUGGCCAAGAAGAACGCCAUCGUCAGGAGUCUGCCCUCCGUGGAGACGCUCGGCUGCACCUCCGUCAUCUGCUCCGACAAAACAGGGACACUCACCACCAACCAGAUGUCCGUGUGCAGGAUGUUCGUUGUGAACAAAGUUGAAGGAGACAGCUGUGAUCUGUCAGAGUUCACCAUCACAGGGUCUACGUACGCUCCUGAGGGACAAGUGUUCCAUAACGAUAAACCAGUGAAGUCCUCCCAGUACGACGCUCUGGUUGAACUGGCCACCAUUUGCGCUCUGUGCAACGACUCCUCGCUGGACUUCAACGAGGCGAAGGGUGUGUAUGAGAAGGUGGGCGAGUCCACGGAGACGGCGCUCACCUGUUUGGUGGAGAAGAUGAACGCCUUCGACACCGAAGUCCACAACCUGACGAAGAUCGACAGAGCCAUGGCCUGCAACUCCGUGAUCAAGCAGCUGAUGAAGAAGGAGUUCACGCUGGAGUUCUCCAGAGACAGGAAGUCCAUGUCCGUGUACUGCACCCCCAACAAGUCCCGCUCCUCCAUGGGCAAGAUGUUCGUCAAGGGCGCCCCAGAGGGAGUGAUAGAGAGGUGCACGCACGUCAGAGUGGGAAACAGCAAAGUGCCGCUGACUAAAGUCAUCAAGGAUCAGAUCCUGGCGACGAUCAGAGACUACGGGACGGGGCGCGACACGCUGCGCUGCCUCGCCCUCGCCACCAGGGACACCCCCCCACGAGUGGAGGACAUGAACCUCACCGAGACCGUCAAGUUCGCCCAGUACGAGUCCGACCUGACCUUCGUGGGCUGCGUGGGCAUGCUGGACCCCCCCCGACUGGAAGUGGCCGCGUCCAUUAAGCUGUGCCGGCAGGCGGGGAUCCGCGUCAUCAUGAUCACCGGAGACAACAAGGGCACCGCCGUCGCCAUCUGCCGCCGCAUCGGCAUCUUCGGGGAGGAUGACGACGUGGAGGCGUUGGCGUUCACCGGGCGCGAGUUUGACGAGCUGUCGCCGGCCGAGCAGGUCGACGCCGUCACCAACGCUCGAUGCUUCGCUCGAGUAGAGCCGUCGCACAAGAGCAAGAUCGUGGAGAUCCUGCAGGGCAUGGACGAAAUCACCGCCAUGACGGGCGAUGGAGUGAACGACGCUCCGGCUCUGAAGAAGGCGGAGAUCGGGAUCGCGAUGGGUUCAGGGACCGCCGUCGCCAAGUCGGCCUCAGAGAUGGUUCUCGCCGACGACAACUUCUCGUCCAUCGUGGCGGCCGUGGAGGAGGGCCGAGCGAUUUAUAACAACAUGAAGCAGUUCAUCAGAUACCUCAUCUCCUCCAACGUGGGCGAGGUCGUCUGCAUCUUCCUGACGGCGGCGCUGGGCUUCCCCGAGGCUCUGAUCCCCGUGCAGCUGCUCUGGGUGAACCUGGUGACAGACGGCCUGCCAGCCACCGCACUGGGCUUCAACCCCCCCGACCUGGACAUCAUGGAGAAGCCCCCCCGCAACGCCAAGGAGGCGCUGAUCUCCGGAUGGCUCUUCUUCAGAUACCUCGCCAUCGGAUGUUAUGUGGGAGCAGCCACAGUUGGAGCGGCUGCCUGGUGGUUCGUCCUCUCUGAAGACGGACCUCAGGUCUCUCUGUACCAGCUGAGCCACUUCCUGCAGUGCGCGGCUGAUAACCCGGACUUUGAGGGUCUGGAGUGUGAAGUGUUCGAGUCUCCGUACCCGAUGACCAUGGCUCUGUCCGUGCUCGUCACCAUCGAGAUGUGCAACGCUCUCAACAGUCUGUCAGAGAACCAGUCUCUGCUCAGGAUGCCUCCCUGGGAGAACGUCUGGCUGCUGGGGGCCAUCUGCCUCUCCAUGUCCCUGCACUUCCUCAUCCUCUACGUGGAGCCACUUCCUGUCAUCUUCCAGAUCACGCCUCUGGACACCACCCAGUGGAUGAUGGUGCUGAAGAUCUCUCUCCCCGUCAUCCUAUUGGACGAGGUGUUGAAGUUCGUUGCCAGGAACUUUCUGGACUUCGGUAACGAGCGCACGGAGAAGCCAACCCCCCGCUCCGGCUGCUCCCUCGCAUGUUUGGAGGGGAUCUCGUGGCCUUUUGUGUUCGUGUCUCUGCCGCUGGUUCUGUGGAUCUACAGCUUCGACACUAACGUGACCGCCAUGCUGUGGCCCUGACUCACUCCACUACCCCCCUCCCCUCUGAGCACAGUGUGACGUGGACAUUAACACACACAUCUAACACACAUUACAUUAUAGAGCCUUUUGUAUUUAGGACAUUCUCACCGAUACAUGUUUCUGGGCGGGGCGGGGUCAUAUUUAACGACUGGUAUUUUAUUUAGGGCUGGGCAAUCUAAAAAUCUAAUAUCACGCAGAGAGAAGGGGAGAAAAAAAAUGUAUGAUAAAUGUUGAUUUACUUAUUCGUUUUCCAGUGGUGCUGCACUCUAGUGGCCGAAAUGGGUAUAACAACAACAAACAUAAAAUUGCCUAAAAAAAACCCGUACAAUUUAAACAGAUAACAGAAAUAAAUAUUAAUUUAGAAAAAAGGUUACAGCUAAACCCGACUCCUCUACUAAUUAGCAUAUCAAAAUUGUGGCUGUAAAAAAAAGAAAUACCAAUUUUAGAAGUGUAAAAGAUAAUAGAAAGAAAUGAAAUUUAGAAAUAUAUUCCAAACUUUUUUUAUUUAAGUUUUUCAGGAAAAGAUUGCCUGAGAAAAAAACUAUUUUAACAAUAAAUAAAUAUUUAAAAAUACAUUUGAAAAAACAUUACUAGCAAAACUUUUUUUUUUAUGAAAAAUUCAUAAACGAAAAAAAUGAUUCUUGUAUUUUUCACCAGGUUUUGAUAUGGCGAUGAUAUCGUUGGGUUGACUAACGGUAUUUUCACAAUUAUAUUGACCUAGUAGGUAAAGAUGUGUAAUAUUACUACAAAUUGACAUCACUUUACUGUAAAGCCGUCUUUAAAACCAGGAAAAAACCCUUAAAAUUAUCCAAUAUCCACAUUUUCAGACAGCAUUGUGAUCAUGAUAUAAUAUGUAUUUAUUGCCCAGCCCUAACUUUAUUUCACCGUCACGCUUCACUCUGUUUUAAAGAAAGCCCACCGUGUCGGAGCUGUGUCGAGCUGUACAGAGAAUUUACACUAUUUUAUGAUAAUUAAUAUUUUGUAAUUUUUUUGGGAGGGGUUUUUGGGGACAUGAAUGCUGGGUGUGAAGAGGAUGUAAAAGACGGUAUAAUUCUAGUUUUUUGGGGCGAAGACCUGAGUGUUUUUUCGCCCCGCCGUUAAUCUAUUUUGAGCUCCGUGCGUCGCAGCUACCUCAACGCUGUCAUCAUUAAAACCAUCUGUCUUAACAUUCAUUUCAUAAAAAUAUCAUUCAAAGUGUUGAGGUAAGCGCCGAUUAGUUUUGCAGCCCUCGAACAUUAUUUUUUAAAAGUAUAUAUAUAUAUUUCCUUUCUGUCGGAGGAUAAAGAUAUGUUACCAGUUUGAUUCUUUUUUGAUAAAGUUGUUAAAUUUGUUUACUUGAAGAAAAACCUUCGUCUUAAUUUUUUUUUUUGCAUUUUAAUUAAUCUUAAUAAUGUAUAAUGUGCACAUACUGUACUUGAAUAUGUAAAAAGGCACCAAGAAGCUGUUAGUCUUAUCAACUGAGCACAACAUGGAGGAGUCUGUAAAUCUGUACAUAGCACACAAAGUAGAAUCUCUGUAUAGAUUUUGUGGUUGAAAUGCUUCAUAUUUUACAUGGUUUUAUUCAGCGUGUCUUACUCUUCCUGCAUGCCUGCUCCAAUAACUCCAGGCCAGUGAGGUGGUUUUUUUUUAUAGUCUUAAAGAUAACUGUUGUUUCUUCCAAUGCCUUCCACCUGUUAACCUGCAGAGUGAGUACACUUUGAGCUGCAUGCUAACACACUUCACACUCAGCUUUACCUGCUGUCUGACUGCGGAAAGAGGGAAAAGCGUUUUUUCUGCACUGUGUUUAAGACUUUAAGAAAAAAGGGUUUUGCCAGGAUAAUAUUCCAAAUUUAAAUGUUUUUUUAGCCACAUUUUGCCAGGAUUAUUUUUCUAAAACGUUCUAAGUUUUUUUAUUUUUCAGGAUAUUUUUACAUUUCAUUUGUGAAAUUUGAAUUUAUUUGGUCAUUUGGGUAAUUUAAUUUAUUUUUGCCAGGUUUAUAAGUUUGUCCACGUCUUAAUAUAUUUGUCAAGUACAUUUGAUAUGUAUUACACUUUUUUUAAUCCAACAAAACAGCAGUUUUUUUGCAGGCUGUGUGUUGCUGUAAUACUCAUUUAAACCACCAGGGUUCACCAAAUCCCAUGCAAUAAAAAAGAAAUUGCAACUUUUUAAAACUUAUUAUCAUAGAUGAAAAUAAGAAUAACUUAAACAACAUCCUGGCGAAACGUUUCUUUUUAUCCUCUAAAAUUAUUAUUUUUUACCCAUUUUUAAAUAAAGGCACUUAAACACAGUGGAAAAAACACUUAUAAUUGAUCAUAAAAAGCAAAACCCUCUCUUGCCUCUCAGGCUUCCGUACAUUGCUCACACUAAAGCAGCAGCAAUGACAGCUUCUCAUGUUUUGAUUGGACUAGCAGUUUUGUUGUUAUUAAACACACUUUUUAACGGUACAAGAGGCCUUCAAAGUGCCAGGUACACUGGGUGGAAAUAAGCGGCACAGUACUGGUUAUUUCUGACACCAUCACAGGACAUGGUGUUGAUGUUUAUUUUAUUUAUACAUGUCUUUUUUUAAUCUCAUUUGUCUUUUUGACAUAAUCUCCUGCAUGGCCUUAAUAUGUUUUUAUUAAAACAAGUACUGAUGAAUUGAACUGAUUUGCUGCUCGGAUGCUUCGGCCUGUGUUUCUUGUCUCCACUGAUUUUAUUCUUCCUCUCUUCUUCUUCCUCUUCCUCUUCCUCCACAGCAAAGGCCAAGUAAGCCCACCUCGACUCUAAAUGCCUCGCAGAAUCCUUGUUUUUCUUUUGUGUCGUGCAUGUGUGUUUUGGGCAGCACAUCUUACAAAGAGCUGCAUGUCAGUAAAGUAAUCUGAAGACAAAGAAGCUCAGAAACGUACAUUUCUUUGUAUAGAAGUUCCUCCAUCCUCCUGCAUGCAGAGCCUCAGAUUCUCAUCUUUUUUAGACGAAUAUCUUAGUACCGUGUACAGAAACGUGUGUUAUUCCACGGUGCAUGCUCGCUCUGCAGACAUCUGUUCCUCCACUCUGUGUGAUAGUCAAUGUAUAGUAUUGGUAAAUAGUACAAAUGUUAAAUAAGCUCAAAAUUCAUCUUUCCUAAGGAAAUACUUUUAUGGAAUAUUUCAACAUAAAACAUCCUCUUUUCUGGUUUCUUUGCACUGAGACGUGCGACGUGUUUGAGUCGUGUUAACGGCAGGCAGUCCUUUUACUGCUGUACUGUAUUUACAGAGAUGAUUGUAUCACAUGAACUUUGGUUUCAGGUCAAUAAAACUGUCAUACAUGAAGAGUUUA